AUGGCAUCGCAGACGCCGACGACGCCGGCGCUGCCGUCUGCCGCCGUGCAAUCCAUCACCGCGCCGCGACCCCCCGACGCGCCGCGACGAUGCUUCAUCUGCCUGACGGACGAGGACCCCUCGGACCCCCCCGGCUCAUGGGUCGACCCGUGUCCCUGCACCCUCGAGGCGCACCAGGACUGCAUGCUUUCGUGGGUCACCGACUGCGAGCGCUCCAACAAGCCGCUGCUGUGCCCGGUGUGUAAGUCGACCAUUGAGCUCGAAGGGCCCUGGGACCUCGUCGUCGCCGCCUCCGACGCCAUCCAGAGCCGCUUCACCCGCGCCAGCCCCUUCCUGCUCUUCACCGGCGUCUCCAUGGGCGUCCAGUUCAGUCUGCAGAUGUACGGCGCCCUCGCCCUGUGGACCUUUGCGGGCAAGGACAGCCUCAUGCGCUUCAUGCUGGGGCCCGAGAUGGUCAUCGACGGGCGUGCAUCGGGUAAUGCCCGCUUUAUCAAGGAGCGCAUAUGGAACGCCCUCGUCAUGAUGAACAUUGCCCCUACCCUGCUCUUUGGCAAGCUGCUUCCCGGCCUGAGCAAUAAGAUUUUCCUUCCGGCCGCGUCCGUGUACGGCAUGUACCACGUGAUGCACGAAGACGACUUUAUGACGUGGCCGCCUUCGCCCCAGCUCGCCAUGGCCAUAUUCCCAUAUAUCCGCUCCGUCUACUUUAACCUGUGGAAGGAGUUUGCGCUCCCGUACGAGAUUAAGCUUAACAGGCAACUCCUCGGCCUCCCCGCACCGCAGGAGGGACAAGACCAGGCUCAGGGCCAGAAUCAGCACGCAGCCAACGACAACCAGCGCAAUGCGCAGGACCGCAACGCAGAUGGGGGUAUCGUCGGCCUCCUGCAAGCCGUCCUCGACGCCCUGGACCCAGAUGACGACCAAGGGCACCCCGCGGGCGCCAACGACAUCAACCGCAUCGAGAUCGUGCAGGAACCGGCCGAUGCGCUAGAGGACGGCCAAGGCGCCGAGAUCAUGGUGGAGCUGCAGAUUGAAGAGGUCGAGCUGGACGAGGACGGUGACCCGAUGGUGCAGGAGCAACCGCCGAAUCCUCUGGAAGACGAGGAGCCCGAACCUCACCCGGGCGCGUGGGGUGAAGAUGCGCCGCAGUUGCACGCCGACCAGGAGCUGGCUGCGCUGCCGCCCCUCGACAACGACCAGGGCGACCAGGACCAGAACCAGGGCGGCCACGAGGUGCCCCAAGCGCCACCCCGUAGGAUGGGUCUCUCUGCGAUCCUGUCCAACGUGUCCAACGCCAUCGUCGGCGCGCUCAUCAUGCCGGGCAUCUCUUACGCCAUGGGCGAGGCACUGCGGCUGGUGCUACCUAAGGCGUGGACGACUGUCGGCCCGCGUAAUCCGUGGUCGCGGUACGGCAUGGUUGGUCGGCCGGGCCUGCUGCAGCAGCAAUGGGGACGAAGCCUGGUGGGCGGGUGCCUCUACGUGGUACUAAAGGACGUGGUGCGCGUGUACACAAAGUCGCGCCGGGUGGCGGCUAUGGGCAACCGUCGGGUGAAGAACGUCGACCGCCGACGGAGAGACAAGUGA